UUAGCCUUGUACUCGCCAGUAUUUUUAAUUGGACUGAUUGGUAACGUGUUGAUUCUGUUGACGGUGUUUACCGAUAAGCACAUCCGGAAGGCCAAGAAUUUCUACCUGAUUAAUUUGGCGGUGUGUGAUCUUUGUGUUACCCUGGUUUGUAUGCCCAUGUCCGUUGGGACGAUUGUUUACCGAUUGUGGGUAUACGGGACAGUCGUUGCAGGGAGUAUUUUUACUUUAACAGCCAUGAGUAUUGACAGAUACAUUUCAAUACAGCAUCCUUUAACAGCCAACUGGGUUACCUCCCCUAAUAAGGCUCUCCUCAUUAUAGCCUUCACUUGGCUGGUAUCGGGGAUAUUUAUGGGACCUAUC